AUGGUCUGUAAAGAAGACGUUGUACUAUGGUUUAAUAAAUUAAGUGGCCACAAGCGAAUAGACGUUAUGUGUACCUUACUCAAUAAGUGCCUACCCACAGAGCUGAGGUUCUUCGGCACUUGCCUCGAGGACCUUGGCAAACAGCAUUUUAAUCAGAUGAAAGAUUUUGAAGUGAAAGCUAAUAAUCCUGCUGAGUUAUCUGAAUUACUUGUGCAGUGUAUAAUUAGUGAUGCGAGGACCCGUCAAAAGCUGGCGCUUUAUAUAUGUCUAAUUCAUUCGUUGAACACCACAUGUUCUACUAAUUUAUAUAAGAUUCUUUCUACACUUGAUAUAAGCCAAAUUGUUCCAUUUAAUAAAAAUACUGAUGAAAAACUAUUGGAAGAACUUCUUUUGAUUUAUACAAUUGCUGUAAAUCACCCUGCCUUUACAUUUGAACAAAAAGUUACUCUUGGGUACAUUUUAUUACUGUUAAGACAAAAGGAAGAACAAUUUCAAUCAUCAAAACUUCCUGAAGGACUUAGAAUAAAUUAUCCGGCAGCUUUGGGAUCGGCUGGCAAUUACAUUCAAAUUCCAACUUAUCCACCUUUUCCUAUUCAACAACAUCCUCCGAUAUUGUGGCAAGUUGUAAAUAUACCUAGCUUGCCUGCGGAACCAAUGGCGGUUCCAGAAAUGGCACCGCCUGUACCGGGAACUGUCAAUUUUCCUUCUCCGCACAUUAGUCGUCAGUCUUCACCGUCGCAAUCUGCAUCGCCCAGCCGAACCUCUUCUCCCGUUAGAGUAACUUAUCAUCACAAAGUUGAACGAAGUAAUUCCCAAUCUCGAAACAAACCGAAUUAUCCUGAAUUUUCUUAUCAGAAUCCGACAGUAAUGAAUGUAAAUAUAUCGAAAAAAAAUUGCCUGGAACGUUUCGAAGGCAAAGAUAUUGAUGUAAAAGCAGAAGACGAAAUGCGUGGCCUUACUGAUAGAAAACCCGAUUUAGGAAAUGAUGAAAUUCAUCAGUUAAGAACUGCAGUAGUUAAUGGAAUUGCAGAUUCUGAACAUAGAGAUUUUCCACAUUACAUAACUAGAACCAAGGGAUUCGAAGGCGAGCCUCCUUCAAUAAUUCCAAUCAAGCCCUGUUGUGUAUCUGGGACAGGACCGAGGUAUUCGCCACAAAUAUAUUGUGAUCACAAUCUUCAAGCACUCAAUUUAGAUAAUGAUGGAAGCCGUCAUUGUUCUAGUAGUAGCAGCAAUUCAGAUGCAUCCAGCACAAGUCAUUCACCACCUGCUACGCCUGCUAAUCCUAAUCAAAACUGGGAGAGAGGUGGGACGGACAAGCCUCAUAGAGUUUACGAAACGUCUGAGGGAAGUUCAGAAGGUACGGGAAAUAUCGCAGCCACGGUUUCGGCACUUCCUAAGCAGGAGCGUACUAGAAUAUUUGCAGGAAGAGGUCGCGGCCGUAUAGGAAACCCAAUGGGUAUUCAAACAUUGCCAAGAGGGCGAGGACCUCACUCAAAUUUAGUAGUAGAUAAUAGUCAUAAAAAUUCAUUUAUUACUCGUAAAGAUGGUCCUCGAUCUGCACCGCCUACUCCUCACGAUGACAAAAAGGGCAAUACAUGGUUUCAGGGCUACGUGGUGCCUUCGGCAGAGGCCCCUCAGUCUUCUUCAACAAUGGCACUUCCGCUUCCGUCAAGUGGAAAGCCUCCCAACCACGAAAUGGUCGCCAGCGGGGUGCCUUAUUCUACUACCUUUUUCCCAACCCAUUUUACCGGCCCUCCCAUGUUUCAUACCUACCAUGGCGCUUUUGUCAGGCCUUCUUUUCAUUUUCAUAACGGAGAAAUACAAAUGUAUCCUUAUCAACCUCAGCCUCCCUUUGUCCCUUCAUCUGUUGUUACUUACUCAAGUACCAUACUGCCACCAAAGAUAGCGUGUUAUAACUGCAGUAGUCAAAGUCAUCACGCCAGCGAAUGCAAAGAACCGACCAUGGAAGAAUACACUAGCAAAGGUCAAUACCGGAUAGAUUAUAAACCUUACAACAAACAAGGAGAAUGUUUGUCAGAAAAGUGA